ACUUACAUGUGGAAUCCGAAGAGACGUGUCAACAGUUUUGGUGAAGAGCUUGGAAGAUUUCUUAAGAAGAAAUAUGAAGGGCACUGGUAUCCUGAAAAGCCACACGAAGGAUCAGGGUUUAGAUGUAUACACGCAGGGGAGAAAGUGGACCCAGUGAUUGAACAAGCCUCCAAAGAGAGUGGUUUGGGCACUGAUGGUGUUCGUGGCAAUCUACCGUAGGAUCCUAGUGUUUGGAUCGACCCAUUUGAGGUUUCCUACCAAACUGGUGAAAAGGGACCAGUGAAGGUGUUUUAUGUGGAUGAUAAUAAUGAAAAUGGAUGUGAGUUGGAAAAGGAGCUCAAAAACAGCUUUAACCCAGAGGUCCUGGUUUUUAUGCCCACAAGUGACCCAGCCUCAUCAGCGUCCAGCUCUCCAUCUCCUCCCUUUGGUCACUCUGCUGCUGUAAGCCCUCCCUUCAUGCCCCGGUCCACUCAGCCUUUAACCUUUACCACUGCCACUUUUGCUGCCACCAAGUUCGGCUCUACCAAAAUGAAGAAUAGUGGCCGAAGCAACAAGGUUGCACGUACUUCCCCUAUCAACCUCGGCUUGAACGUGAAUGACCUCUUGAAGCAGAAAGCCAUCUCUUCCUCAGUGCACUCUCGGCAUGGGCUGGGCCUGGGCAGCCAGCAGAAGCCACGGCCACAGCAACAGCCAUCCCAGCCACCGCCGUCACCACCACCGCAGCAGCAGCAACAGCAGAAAACCUCCGCUCUUUCUCCUAACGCCAAGGAACUUAUUUUUCCUAAUAUGCAGGGUCAAGGUAGUAGUACCAAUAGAAUGUUCCCAGGUGACAGCGCCCUUAACCUCAGUCCUCUCCAGUACAGUAAUGCCUUUGAUGUGUUUGUGGCCUAUGGAGGCCUCCACGAGAAGUCUUUUGUAGAUGGCUUGAAUUUUAGCUUAAAUAACAUGCGGUAUUCUAACCAGCCAUUCCAGCCUGUUAUGGCUAACUAA